CUUGACAUCGAAUUCUGCAGCAAUGCCAUUAGCCGGCCACACCGCGCGAAAUCCCACCGUGGAGGAAGGAGAUGAUGCAUCGGAUUGGGGCCAGACUGGUAGGGCCCCAAAGACAGAUCAGUUUCAACAUUCGUGGCCUGAGAUCUGUGCUCAGCAUGACACCAUCUUGUCGUCGCAUCUCGAGAUGCUGCAGCAGGUGAAAAAUCAAACCCGGCCAGACGGACAGGCCUACAAGCUAGUAUCAAACAUGCUUGAGAAGACAAGUAGGUUAGUCACUCAGUUCAAUGUUCUCAAGCGCCAGAUAGUCCCUGGUUCACAAUCAAUGUCGACCUCAAGCGACCAAUCACAGCCACCUAAAGCAGGGCUGAAGCGCGCAAUCAUGAGCGAUGCCGAGUCAGAAGAGGAAGCAGCAGCGGGAAAAUCCGGGACUCGACCAGUAGCUGAGCCCUAUACGCGCUUCCAUAAACGGAAACGGCUCGACAAACCCAUCCCGGGAGCUGAUGAAGACGUAAGAAAUGCGACGUCUGUCGAGACCGAGGAUAUCUCAGAGGAAGUGCAGCGACGACUAAAAAUUAAGGAAGAACAACGCAAGAAACGCGGCACUUCCAAAGCAGACAAACGCAAGAGGGAUAGUAUGACAUCCAAUGGAAGCGCCUCUUCGCCCGGAUCCAUGACGAUACAACCUAGGAAGAAGGCCAAAAUCGGGACGAAACGGGAUCGUUAAUGCUACUGCUACCUCCGGGGGUCUGGUUCUGGUGACUCGAUGCUUGGAUCAUGAUUUCGAAUCGGGAAUUCUUGGGGGAAGCGCUACAGCCACACCGGCCAGGUUACUACCAGACUUAUUGCUAGGACGAAAAGUGGAGCUACCCCAGACUUCGGUGACAGAUCGAUCCGGUAAUGCCCUGACUCACAACAUACUAGUAGUACUUGCAUAGUCCUACAAGUAGCCAACGAGGAGGCAGGCCAGAGUUAGGGCUGGCUCUGACUCCUUGUCCGUCCGUGGAAACGUCUUCCGAUCUAUAGCAGAUUUCUGUCAUUUUAUUGGCCAGUCUAUGUACAGCUAAAACCUUAUCCAU